UAAUUUUAUUCGAUCCUAUCGAUCCUAUCUAAAUACAAAAAUUGUUACUCUAGAUAUUUGUUUACAAAGACGAUGGAUUUCGACAACGUCUGCCGUCUUUGCGCGGCAGAGAAACUCAAGCUCAGAGAAAUCUCCAACGACGAACGACACCCUCAACUGGUCCAUCAGUUGCGGAGCAUUCUGCAAGUUGAUUACGAUGAAAACGACGGCCUUCCUCAGAAGGUGUGUAAACCGUGCAUCAAUGCAUUGCAGAAGAUUCAGGACACUCUGGACGAGUACCGCAGCAAUGAUAUGAAAAUGAGAAAACAGCUUCUCAACUUAGAUGAAGUCGAAGUAAAGCUGGAAGAACUGGUCGAAGGGGAAAGCGGCGACGCCCUGGGGGCGUACAGUUUGAAGAAUGUGAAAAUCGAGGUUCUUGAGGUAGUCGCCGAUAUAGACUCUAUAUCAGAGAUUGAGGCAGCUGAGGAAUGGCUUGAAGAUAAUUCUGGAGAUGAAGAGAAGAAAAACCAAGCAAACGAAUCUCCAACGGGUGUCAAGCGCCGUCGGGUGCGAAAUGACGAAUUUAUCACAUUCGAAGUGGAAGAUGGUUCCGUUGGAGAAGAAACCGCUACUGAAGAUGAAACCGCACCUAUGAUGAAAAAAAGGCAAGUACGAAAAGCAAAUUCUAUCAAGAAAGUUCGUCGAAAGCGAGGUACUAAACAGCCUGAAGAUCCAAAUAGACCGCGUUUGAAUGAUUACAAAUGUUACAUAUGCAAAAGCGAACCACUUGGAUCGGCUAAAGCAUUGCUAGACCAUUUAAGCUCCCACAUUGAUCAGUUACCGUAUACGUGUGCGAUCUGCGUGCAAGAAACGAUUGAAAUCAAGCAGAUCCGGUCAUUGAAUUUGCACCUAAAAAUGCACGAACAGCCGAGUAAAUGCGCCUAUUGUGAUCGCCGGUAUGCCAACGAACGGGCCCGAGACUAUCAUGUACAAACGUAUCAUCUGGGAGAUAACGCCCCCUGUCCAUCCACUUGUGACCAGUGCGGCAAGGUAUGUCCCUCGGCUCUGUCAUUGCGUACGCACAUGCGAUGUCACACCAUCUCAUUUAGCUGCGAGUACUGCUCCAAAACUUUCGCACAAAAGUCCAAACUGAAGCGCCAUAUCGUAAGGGUUCACGAAAAGACCGAAGGGUACGAGUGUACUAUCUGCCAGAAGCGCCUCAACACGAUCGAUGCGUAUGAGCUACACGUUCGCACCAUCCACGAAGGGCGGCGCGAUCACGAGUGCGACGUGUGUGGCCGCCGUUUUACGACGGCUGCCUUCCUAAGGAUGCAUCAGAAGCAGUACGAGGGUGGAGUUUGUAAGCCGAAGAACAAUUGGAAAGCACAUUAUACGACUAGGAUCAAUGAGGAAGGUAUAAAGCUGUUUAGCUGCAAGAUAUGCAACAAACAAGAUAUGCGUGCCAUUAGCGAACACUUGCGGGUGCAUUUCCCCGGAGAACAUGAAUGUCCGGUUUGUUUCGCCAAGUUUCCUCGAAAAUCGUCCUUCGACAGGCAUCGACUGACGCACAGCGAGAUAGCACACAGCUGUUUUAGCUGUGCUAAAAAUUUCCUCUCUCUUCGAACGCUCUCCUGUCACUUGGCUAAAGUGCACGGUAUUGGACAGAUUUUGGAGACCGACUUAACGGUCGUUUCGGAAGACGAAGAAAUAGAUUUUGAUGUCGUAGAAUAGGUAAGUCCAUUUAAU